GCCGUGCCAAGUGCCUCCCCAAGGAUUAGGAAGAAGAUGGAUCAACCAGUCCGUACCAGAGAGAACUAUGUGGUGCAGCUCGUACGAUUGGUGAUCGGCAUCGAAGAGGAGGAGCAGGCGGCGGCGGCGGGCCUCAGCGUGCGCCCAUCCGGAGCUCCUGCACGGCCACACGGCGCCGGCGCCGGUUUCUUGUUUUUUCCCUCGAAUCUUUUUCUUUUGCUGCUGGUUACUGCUGCUGUGCUGCAUGAAGCAACGAGAGCGAAAUACUGCUGGAACUGGAGACGCAUCUCGUAAGGCCCAACGAAAACCGGGAAAGAAGGCUCUUUAUAUUCUCCUUAACGUUGCUCGGCCCAAUAUCUUCGGGCCCAGCCCAAUUCGUCACGAUUGGAACGACCACUGGGCCACGCACCUGAUCAUUUCCUGGUGUCCUAGGUUUAUAGAUAGGAAAAAGGGGGCUUUUGGGACGCGUUUUGGAACCUGAUCUAAAAAGUAAAUAAAAAUAUCUCGAAGAAAUAAAAAAAAAAGGAGAGGCGAACCGGGCGGCUCGGGCACUCGGCGACCUUGACCCCCAACUCCCAGGGUCUCAAUUUCCAAAGCCCGAGCCGCAACCCCCAUUGUCCCCAACCCCACCGUGAUCCCCAGUUGAAGCAGAGCAGAGCCCUACCGGUCUCCCACCUCCCCAGAUCGGCGAUCCCCGGAGGCAGCGGCGAUGGCGUCGUCGCAGGCCAACCUCGAGAAGAUGCAUCUCCGCCAGAGCUACCGCAAUCUCUGGCACACCGACAUCAUGGGCACCAUGCAGGCCGACUUCCCCUACUGCUGCCUCGCGCUGUGGUGUGGACCAUGUGUGUCAUACAUGCUUCGCAAAAGGGCUCUCUAUAAUGACAUGUCAAGAUAUGUCUGUUGUGCUGGAUAUAUGCCAUGCAGUGGAAAGUGUGGUGAAAGUCGGUGCCCAGAGUUUUGUCUUGCAACUGAGGUGUUUCUUUGCUUUGGCAAUUCAGUUGCGUCAACCCGUUUCUUGCUGCAAGAUGAAUUCAACAUACAGACAACUCAGUGCGAUAACUGCAUCAUUGGCUUCAUGGUCUGCCUUCAACAAGUUGCUUGCAUCUUCUCUAUAGUUGCAGCUAUUGUUGGGAGUGAGGAGCUUUCAGAGGCUUCCCAGAUCCUUAACUGCAUGUCUGAUUUGGUCUACUGGACGGUAUGCGCAUGUAUGCAGACACAACACAAAAUCGAAAUGGACAAGAGGGAUGGGAAGUUCGGCCCGCAGCCCAUGGCAGUGCCUCCGGUGCAACAAAUGUCACGCAUCGAUCAGCCUACCCCGCCACCUGCCGGAUACGCACCACAACCAGCCUACGGUCAGCCAUAUGGUGGCUAUCCACCUCCAGAUCAAGGUUAUCCGCCAGCUGGUUACCCUCAGGGUGGUGCAUACCCUCCACCUGCUCAAGGUUACCCCCAGGGUGGUGCAUACCCUCCACCUGCCCAAGGUUAUCCCCAGGGCGGUGCCUACCCACCGCCUGGUUACCCGCCACAAGGUUCCUACCCUCCGCCGCAAGGUUCUUACCCCCCGCAGGGUUACCCGGCCAAGUAAAGAACAUACAUCAAUUGGAGAGACGCCUUUGCCAGGCACCCGAAAUAUUGUGGACAUAUAAACAGUAGGACUGCUGUAGCGUUAUAGGUGAUAUCGAGACACCAUGUGCGAUUGCUCUGCUUGGUAAACAGUAAACGGUAUUUUGAUUCUCUGGUGAAACUCGUCAGUGACACGUGUUGAGCAUACUGUUUCGAGUAUAUUCUUCAAAUAAGGAGCAGCGGUGAAUUGUGCAAGUCAGAGUCGGAAAAUUAAUCUGUAACUGAAUUUGGUGAUAACGUUACGUUGUUCCUGGAGAUUGUUGGUUUUAUGUUUUGGACAGAUUAUUUGGCUACAGGAGCGUGUCUGGGUCAUGUUAAGCCUGGAUGAAUGCUGUGCUGUGGUUGUGAGUUCACUUUACUCUGUACGAUAAGCACAACUUCAUGGCA